AUAGAAUAGAAUAGAAUAGAACAGAACAGAACAGAACAGAACAGAACAGAAUAGAACUGAACUGAACUGAACUGAAUAUUUUUUAUUGGCCAAGUAUGAUUAGACACGCAAGGAAUUUGUCUUUGGUGCAUAGGCUCGCAGUGUACAUAAAAGACAAGAUAGGUUCAUCAAGAAUCAUAAAGUACAACACUUAAUGAUGGUCAUCGGGGACAAAUAAGCAAUCGGGAAACAAUAUCAAUAUAAAUCGUAAGGAUACAAGCAACUAAGUUAGAGUUACGCAGUACUAAGUGGGAGGAGAUGGGUGAUGGAACCGGUGAGAAGAUUAAUAGUAAUAGUAACGCAGAUCUAGUGAAUCGUUUGACAGUGUUGAGGGAAUUAUUUGUUUAGCAGAGUAGUUGCGGAAGGGGGUUGAAAGAUAAACUGCAAAACUGGAACUUUCACAGAAUUCUGAUACCUUUCCCAAGCAAAAAAUAAUAUAUUUUUUAUAAAAAUAUAUAUAUAUAUAUUUACCUUCGCCUUUAUUACUAUAUAUGAGCUUGGGGGGAGCUCAUUUAUGAUUUUUUUCAUGCUUUUUGUGUUAUAUUUUUUAUUUCCUGUAAGCCGUCUUGCUUCGUUGUGAACGAAUAGGCAGCAAUAUAAAUUUUUGUGUAUAACUACCGUUAAGUGAAGACUUAAGAAUAUAGUAAGUACACUUUCUUCCCCUUAUUUUACCCACAACAAAGGGUGGGUUUAAGGCUGAGAGAGAGAGAUGGACUGGCCUAAAGUUUUAUGCAUGACCAGCUUUCAUGCGUAAGGCAGGACUAGAACUCACUGUCUCCUAGUGAUUGGCCAAAGUCACCCAGUUCUUUCAUGCCUAAAGUAGGACUAGAACUGUCUCCUGGCGAUUGGCCAAAAGUCACCCAGUUCUUUUCACACUGAAGGCAGGACUAGAACUCCCAGUCUCCUGGUGAUUGGCCCGAAGUCAUCCAGUAUCUUUCAUACUUAAGGUAGAACUAGAAGUCAGCCUCCUAGUUUCUAACCAGUGACUUAGUUUCUAAUGCCAGCCAGCUAGAGAAAAUGUUUAUUUAAGCUUUGAUUUUGAAUUAUAUUAUUGGGAUUAGGAAACAUUUUCUAUAAAGCAUAUCUUUGUAAUGGACAUCUACAAUAUCUUCCUGGUAGCAAGACGCCAAUGACAGGAAUAAAGUAGAUUUCAUACAUAUAGUAGAUAUUACUAGAUUAAUUUAAGACUGUUUUUCUCUGACUUUCAGCUCUUCCCAUCCAGCAUAAAAUCUCUUCAAGGACACCAGCUCUCUCACUCUGUGCUAUUCUGCCAGACCUCUUCACCUUUUAUACCUUUUCCCUCCAAGCCAGCUCACACCUGAUUGGUGGCACCAUUCCUGGCCCUGUUUUUAUUGGCCUUUUUUUUUUCAUCCAGCCGUUUUCAUUGGCCUAACAAGUGCACCCAAGAGUCCAAUGGCCACAUUUGUUUUCCUGAGACAACUUCCCAUUGGUGGAUUUUGGAGCCUCGUGGUGUAUAUAUAAAGGAGUCGAGCAUACCCUUGGCGCCAUUUGUACCUUUGCCUGUGACUUGGUUGCUGGGUGUUGAUUUCUGCUUCCUUUUGCAAAGUCUGAAUUCAGGGAGGACAAAAACCCAAGUUGAAUUCAGGAGAGUUUCCUGCUCAAGAGUAACUCCUGUUGAAGGAAUUUAAAACCACGUUCGUGAUUUAAAAUAUAUUGUUUUUAAUUAAAAUGACAUACAUCCCUCCUCAAUCCAUCCAUUUUAUUAUUUAGCACUGGGAAGCAGUAUAUAAAUAAGCAGUGGUGAAAUUCAAUUUUUUUUACUACUGGUUCUGUGGGUGUGGCAGGGGAAGGAUACUGCAAAAUCCCCAUUCCCACCCAUCCCACUUGGGCCAGCCAGAGGUAGUAUUUGCCGGUUCUCCGAACUACUCAAAAUUUCCGUUACUGGUUCUCCACAAUCUGUCAGAACCUGCUGGAUUUCACCCCUGUAUAUAAGCCUUAACUGCUAUUGCUUAUCUACUUAUCUAUCCAUGAUCUCCAUCUCUAUCCAUUUGUCCAUCCAUCCAUCAUGUCUCUAUCUCUUGUCUCUAUGUUUAUCUAUCUAUCUAUCUAUCUAUCUAUCUAUCUAUCUAUCUAUCUAUCUAUCUAUCUAUCUAUCUAUCUAUCUAUCUUCUAUAUCCUAAUGUAAUAUAAUUAACUCAUCUAUGCUCCUGCUUUAUUUUUCCAACACAGAUUAUCAGUGAUUACUCACUGGAAGUUUUAAAGUAAAGACUAGACAGCCACUUGUCUCAAAUGGUAUUGGGUCAAAUGGUUUGGACUAGAAGACCUCCAAGGUUCCUUCCGGCUCCCACCAAUCAGAAUAGAGCUGGAAGGGACUUUGGAGGUCUUCUAGUCUCCUACAAUGCUAACUUUUUAGUGCUUUUCCCAAAUGAGCACUCAACCGGAUCACAGCACAGCCCAAGUUGGUAUUUUUCUACUUUUGAGGUUUAAAAAAAAAAAAAAAAGGCCCUUUAAAAUCCUAAAUUUUGGGCAAAAGCCAGAAAAGCAAUUUUGUGGCUUCUAGGGCAAAACUCUUUUAAAUCGUGCAUCGGCAAUUUAUUUUAUUUGAGUAUAUUUUAUUGAAUAAUAAAUAAGCAUGGAAAACCGAGUUCGGUUUCAACCCGGAGGUUUGGUUAAAAGCCGGCUAAUUCAUGGACACUGCCGCCUUGCAAGCAUUUUGUUUCUUUUUCUACCUCUAUGGAGCGGCGAAGACACUCAAUGAACCCUCUUCUUUCUCUGCCACUCGAGACGAACUUCGAAUGGGAUCCGGAAGUUUUGGCGGAUAAAGCUGUGAUUGUUUCUUAUCUCUAUGAUUGUGGCGUCAUCAAAUGGAUAUCACAUGAUACACUCUUUAAAAGUCCCUAGCGGCUUCUACCUCUCAGGCAAAAACCAUAAAGUUGUAGAGCAAGAGCGGCAAAUCAUUUUGGGCGGAACUUCCGUGAAGGCGAGCCAGCUUCCGGCCGUGGUGGGAAAUGGAGGAAGAGGGAACGACGGCCGAUGUGGACUCUCUGCCCCGCGGGGCUUUUCGGUGCCGUCUGUGUCACGUGACGGUGGCCAAUAAGCCCAGCUUGGACGAUCAUCUGCGCGGGAAGAAACACCAGCGGUUGGAAAACCUGCGCAGCAUCCGCCAGUCUCAGGAACUCCGCAGUAUUUUUGUCAGCGGGUUCCAGAAAGGGACCACGGCCUUGGAGCUGAGCAGCUAUUUCCAAACCUACGGGAAUGUGAUCAACGUGGUGAUGGACAAAGAUAAGGGGGUCUAUGCAAUUGUGGAACUGCAGGACGAGGAGAUACUCCAGAAAGUAUUAGCAGAACCACAACAUAGCCUAGGUGGACAGAAAUUACGUGUCAAGCCACGCGAGAAGAAGGAUUUCAGAUACACCCCGCCAAAAAAACAGGGGUCAGCCAGGCGGGAGCAGCUGAGCCCGGAGAAAUUGGCGCAAAAUGUCUGCCAAGUAGAUGAUGUCGAUGCCCAGAUGUCUUUAAUCGUGCAACUGUUUGAAUUUUCUGAGAGCGAACAGCGUCUUCGAGACUUGCUCGUAAAGUUGUUCCAGGAGGUGUUUUCUGAAUUCUUCCCAGAAUCGGUCAUCCUUCCCUUUGGGUCUUCCGUCAACGGCUUCAGCGUCUCUGGAUGUGACCUGGAUUUGUUCCUGGAUCUGGAGAAGACAAAAAACUUCCAAGCUUCUGCCAAGACAACUGAUAAGCCACCGGCGGAGGAAGAAGCCGCCGAAAUGGAAUCUCGCUCCGAUGAUUCGAUCUUGUCUGACAUUGACCUGGUCACAGCCACCGUGCCUGAAAUCCUCGAUCUGGUGGCCACCGUGCUGCAGAAGUGCGUGCCGGGAGUUCACCACGUCCAGGUGGUCUCCACCGCCCGCCGUCCCGUGGUCAAAUUUUGCCACAAGGAGUCCGGCUUGCGGGGGGACAUCUCCAUAAACAACAAGCUGGCCCUGUGUAACACGCGCUUCCUGCAGUUUUGCACAGAAGCGGAUGAGCGUGUGAGGCCUCUGGUCUACGCAGUGCGCUACUGGGCGAAGCAACAAGGCUUGGCAGGAAACCUGUUUGGUGGAGGCCCCCUCCUCAAUAACUACGCGCUGACAUUGCUGGUGUUCUUCUUCCUACAGACACGCAGCCCUCCCGUCUUAUCGACGGUGGCCCAGUUGAAGGCGCUCUCAGAUGACGGAGAACUGACAGUGGUGGAUGGUUGGGACUGCACUUUUCCUAAAGAUGCGGCUUCGUUGCAACCCAGCGGGAACACAGAGAGUUGUUGCUCCCUUCUGGCUGAGUUUUUUCGCGUCUUCGAAAGCUACAAUUUCACCGGUGGGGUGAUCUCUUUGCGCGAGGGCCGGUCACUCCCUCUCUCCGAUUUCCUGUUAUCCAACGCCGGUCAGAAAUUCAAGGUGGGCCCCCUCAACCUCCAGGAUCCUUUUGAGCUGAGUCACAACGUAGCGGCCAACGUCAACGAAAAGACGGCUCUGCGUCUCCAGCGGAGUUGCCAGGACGCCGCCAAAUACUGCCGGAGUUUGCAAUACCAACGUAAAUCCAGCAAGGGGAAGAAUUGGGGGCUGGUUCGUCUCUUCCAGCCCGGCAGCCCCCAAACUGCGGAACGGCUGGUUAUCCUCCUCCCCUUAACGCCGGCAACACAAUCUCUGGGGUCCCACUCGGAGCUGCCCCUGAAAAGGGAUUUCCCCCAGCUCUGGUUUCGGAGAGUGUGCUCAGGCGUCACGUUCGUCCUUCAGGAAGUGUUGAAAUGCAGCUGCUCGGAGAAUCCGCAGGGACCCGGAGAUGAUCGGGAAUCCCUCGGCAGCGAUCUGGAGGAGGAGCAGCUAAAGACGAAAACCGAACAAUUGUCGGUGGGUUCCAAACGACCUCGAGAUGUGGAAGACGCAGAGUUGGGUUGUCCUCCUGUGAAGAAACAGCGGACGGAGUGUUCCCUUCCCGAGGCAGAAAGUGUGACUUGGGACUGCGCCGUCUGGCACCGUGUCUGGUUAGGAAGACGCCGCGUCCGGCGACAAUUCAGCAGCCCAGAAGCGGAUCCCAAAGGAACCGCUGAUCCCUUAGAGCUGGAAGGCAAAGUAUCGGAGGCGAUUUCCCAACAGGAGGGGCAAACCAGGCCCGUAGAGCCGCUGUUCGGAUUCACCGUCUGUGCCACGAUCAGGGACGGGGGUUCUGGGGAACACGACCCACAGCUCAGCCUAAAUUUCACCCCACACCCUGAGCAGGGAGCAGUUUUUCAAGAUUUUUUUCAUUUCCUACAAGGUUUCCUACCCCGAAUGAUUGAGCAGUACCUGACUACCAAACCUUCAGACCGACAUAUCCCAGAAGAGAAUGAUAUUUGAAAUUUCUUAAGACCACGGCAGAAUUCUGUCUUUAGAAAAUGUUUUCCAUUUCUGGCUGUUGGUGAAAAUAAAAGAAAUGGAGAGAAAAA